AUGGUUGCACGAUUGACUAGAGACAUAGUUGAAACAUAUCAAGUAUGCAACCCAAGCUUUAAAUAUUUUGAAGCUUUAAAUCCGAAGCGGUACCUUACAUCCCCACAUACUGGAGUGUCGAAUGACGGCCAUGACAAUGAGAAAUCAGAUCUAAUUCUGAGCGUUAAUCUUGUGUUGGUCGCACCAUAUCAAAGGUAUGGUUCUGUGCCAUUUCCCCCCUCUUUUAGGUGUUUUCCGCGUGUUGAGAAUAUGUUCAGUGAAACAAGACGGUUACAUGUUUGACAUCGAAAUUAUUAUCAUAGUUACUGCAAAUUACUUCAAAAUUAUUGCUUCAACUGAACUUUGUGCUCCUACAAAUUGACUUCCUAGUUAGAAACCAAAUAUGGUCAGGGCGGGUAUUAUAUUUGCAUUUAAUCAAAAAAGGUGACAAGAGAGAAGCCAAAUAGUCUUGUACCUCUUCUUCACGUGAUCAUGAAGAAAGUGAAGAAAACUGCUAUUUCCGACACCUGAAAGGGUUGAUAUUUGUGAUCAUUUGCAAAGUAAUUAGUCUUGUUAGCAACUUUGGAGGUUUAGUUGGUGAAAUAGAUAGAGGCUUUUUAAUUUGGUAAAAGGUCAAAUGAUAUGUCUAUAAGCAGUGGAACGUGUAUGGCAUUUUCACCAUUGUGUCAAAUGAAGGGGAGUUUGAUGCCACUCUUUUCCCUGGAUGAAGUGUUUGUGUCAGAGUGUAUGAGACAGAACAGCCCCCAAGCACUGAAUGAUACAUUGUGUCAGAGUGAUGCUUACAUAUUCAUUGUUGGGGAUAGGCCUGAUUUACCAGUGUUUUAGGGAUAACUUAAAUGGCCGAUUAUUUAGAAGCAAGGUCACACACCUUAGAUUGGGCUUCUCCUUGUUUAUUUUUUCAUGUUCUUUUCGUUUCAAUUUUUCUUUACUUCAGAUAUAUUGUCAAAGAAAUCCUUGGACAUGGUACAUUCGGCCAAGUUGCCAAGUGCUGGUCUCCUGAGGCAAACAGCUAUGUUGCAGUAAAGAUUAUUAAGAAUCAACCCGCAUAUUAUCGCCAGGCAUUAGUUGAGAUAUCCAUCUUGCGAACGGUAAUCAUAUUUUACAUGUUUUGGAUCAUGCCACGUUUGACAUUCGUCUUAUUUUGUCUUGAUAUAAUUCCUUGUUUCUUUUCAGCUAAAUCAGACAUAUGAUCCUGAUGAUCAGCACCAUAUAGUUCGCAUCCUCGAUUGUUUUGUUCACCAACGCCAUUUAUGCAUUUCGUUUGAAAUGCUUGGCUCUAAUUUGUAAGUGUUCUUUCCUGCUUUUCUCCACAUUUUUCAGUUUUUAUUCUGGUCUACUGUAAGUUUCCUUUUCACAUAGAAGUGACGGAUCUGGAUCAUUUAUAGGUACGAGUUGCUUAAGAUGAACCACCAUAAAGGUUUGGCACUGCAUGUUAUCCGGGAAUUUUCACAUCAGGUGCACCUUGUUUACUUCUUGUGGCAAUUAGCAUAUAUCCUUCUUGUGGCAGCUUUGUUGUCAAUGAUCUCUCACUAUUUCAUUGUUUUUUUCCCUCUUUUCUUUUUGGGUACUCAGAUUUUGCAUGCUUUGGUCAUCAUGAAAGAUGCGGGCAUUAUACAUUGUGAUUUGAAGCCAGAAAACAUACUCCUUUGUGGAAGGUGAGAGGUAUCAGCAUUUUCCUUUGUUUUCGUUCGAGUAUUUGUUGCCUGAGUUGAUGACCAUGCUGUAUAACCCUACUUUUGUGUCAUUGCCUUACACAGCAAGGAGAAGCCUACAGCAAUUAAGGUUAUUGAUUUUGGAUCAGCCUGUAAGGAGGGUCGUACAAUUUACUCAUACAUUCAGGUUCCUCUUCAAAUAUGUUACUCGGUUAAGCCUUCUUCAAAAAUAUUGAUCUUGUCCUUAUUCCUUCUCUGCUUUCUCUGGUGCAGAGUCGUUACUACAGGUCCCCAGAGGUUCUUCUUGGAUACCCGUAUCCUUAUUGUUAGUUGAUGAACCACUCUGUGUGCAGAAAACUGAGAUCUCUUUGGAACUGUAAUCUUUAUUGUGUAUUUCCUUUUUUAAUUUUGAUCCUGAUCAUACUUUGUUAGUCACAUUGUUUAUGUGAUGUGGUGCCUUGUUUUUGUUCUUAACUAGUCAACCAGAUAUAAUACUGCCAUUGAUAUUUGGUCAGUUGGGUGUAUAGUUGCAGAACUAUUUUUAGGGUUACCACUGUUUCCUGGAGCAUCAGAGUUUGAUUUGCUGAAGAGAAUGAUUGACAUACUCGGGUAUAAAUCCUAUAAUUUUUUAUGAAUAUUUAUUUUAUUAACGUUUUCUUAUUUUCUUUGGGUCAAACUCGAUCUAUGUCUGUGAGCCUGGGAUGGGGAUUACACAUUUUUAGCUUAUAAUUUUCUCUUCUCAAGCAUGGCUAUCUUUUCUCCCAUGGCGAAAUAGAGAGAUCAGAGGCAUUAGGACAAAAAAGAUAAAAAGUGCUGCACAGCCCCAUUUUCCUCUCUCUCUCUCUCUCUCUCUCUCUCUCUCUCUCUCUCUCUCUUCCCCAUCCAUCAACACACAAAAGACGUUAUUUGUAUGGGUUUACAGCAAAUAUAAUCAACUAUAGUUGACAUGUUUUACUUUUGAAAGAUAAUCUUUGGAGGUUUUCGUCCCAGCAAAUGGGAUGGUCUAGUAUAUAUAAGGGAAACGAUUAUUUCACAUUAUAAUAAAACUACAUACCUGCUACACAAAAAGCUAGCAGGUUUACUUGAUAGAUUUUGGAAUGUGUUUUUCAGAGUAGGAAUAUUCUUUCCUAACAAACAAUCUAAAAUCUUUUGUGCCGUUAUAGAGCAUUUCCAGAAAUGGUAAUGCGAUGUAAUUAUGAAAGUGGGAGGUAUAGUAAUCAAAAUAAUACAAGCAUUUUUAAUUUCUUGGAAACUAAAGGUCUAAUGUAUUAACCAUACGUUAACUCCCUCAUAAAUUCGUGAGUAGCUCUGAUUCAUUUCUAUGCAAAUUCAAUCUACACGCUCCACUUUUCAAUCAGGUCUGAGGCCUUACAAAAAAUAUUUAUAACAGUUUUUGGAUAACUUUCUUGUGACUAUCAAUUUUUUUUUUCUACUUUAUUCUUGCAAGGCUGUAUAAUUCUCCAAAGUAAUAUAUUUAUUGUAUAAUGCUAUCAUUUUUACCCACUGUUUUUGAAGAUCAAAUGCUUGUCUACAUUCUUAAUAGCAUUUAUCAAUUUAUAUUCGACAUUGGGGACGGCAGUUACGGGAUUUAACUAAUGACAUGUGAUUCUGUCUUAAAUUUGUUUCUCUAGGAAAUAUGCGCGAGAAUCCGAAAGUCUUCUUUACUCUUAUUGAAUUUAAUAUAUUGCGUGUUUGAGUUCCAUUGCAUGUAUUCUUAUGUGGCUUAUUUCGGACUUUAGAUAUUAGUGGAUUCAACCCAUUUCUUUUCUUAUUGUCAUCUCUGGGUUUUGACUCAUCCAGGUUUGUACACUUUCUUAAGGCUUUCACGAUGGGUAAUGUGUUGUUUGUUGUCAUGCAGUGAGCAGCCCCCUGAUGAUGUACUCCGAGAGUCAAAGAGUACAAGCAAGUAUUUUAAGUAUGUUGGAAGCAUUCAUAGUUUGGAUUUUGAUGAGUCACGUAAAGGAUGCCAUAGUGCUUACCGUUUAUUGAGUGAUGAGGAAUAUGAAUCUGUGAGUCAUACCAUCAUUUCUGACAUACUUCAUCAUCUUUUAUUUCGUACUUAUUUCAUUGAUGAAUUUCAUACAGAGAGAGAUGAAGAAACCAGUUAUUGGCAAGAAAUAUUUUGGUAACCUUGUAACGCUUGAAGAAAUUAUCCGUGGCUACCCUUACCGAAGAAACAUUAGUGAAAAAGAAAUGGCUGAAGGUUUGUCUGUUUGAAUAUUUGAGGUUUCAUUUGAAUAUCAGAAGAAUGUCAAAUAUUACUAAUCUCUGUUGAGUUAAUAUGUAGAAAGCGUGAGCCGUUCAGCAUUGAUUGACUUUAUAAAGGGUCUUAUUGAGUUUGACCCUGUGAAAAGGUGGUCUCCAUUGCAGGUUUGUUAGCCGAUGAUGAAUGCCAUCUGCUUCGGAGAUCAUUUUUCUUGUCAAUCUAUUUUGUCAAGAGUUCUCAUGUCUACAGGUUAUUUUGUGCAGGCUUCCAAACAUCCUUUUGUGACAGGGGAGCCUUUUACAUGCCCUUAUAAGCCUUUACAAGAGACGCCUCAUAUUGUGAGUUAAAGAUACCCUUUUGAAAUUUUGUUUAAUUCAAUGGUAAUCUGUCCGUCUUGAGCCCUUUGAUUGUUCGAGGAUACUUAGAGUAGGGAUUUUAGAUUUCAUAUCCAUUUUGCAUGGAAAAUGCUUAUUUGGUAUCUAUGAAUGUUUCUUUGUAUUAAAGUUUAUCAUCGUUGAUUUUGAAGAACCCAUGGUUGUGAAACAAUUUUAUUGGUUCUGGAAAAUUAUUAUUUUUUUAUUUCUUUCUUUUUCAUGGUAGGUUUUCCACUUGUAGUUUUAUAGGUACUGUGUAGUGAUUAUAUAAUGGUAGGUUUCGCGUGGUGUAAUGGGUGUCACAUCAGGCCCUUGACGUUGCGUAUUAUCUUGAUUUCACAGAUUCUUAGUAUUUCAUGGUAACAAAGUUUCAAUUCUUAUGUUUUGUGAUUCAGCCAGUCAUACACACAGCAACAGUGGAACAUGAUCCUGGUAGAGGCCAUUGGCUAGCUGCUGGUCUUUCUCCUCAGGUAUGCACAGUUCCAAGCUUUUGUCAGAGUGUUUAAAUGAUAGAGUCAUCUUUUCUUCUUAGAGGAAGAAAAGUUUAGCAUCUUGGGCAAUAUAAUUUGGUUUUAAACUGUGCUACAUAUGUUUUCCUGCUGGAUUUAUUCUUGUAGGUUUCAAAUUUUAGUCAGGGUACCAGGCAGAGUAGCCCUCAUUUUCAGAUGGCAUAUUCUUCUCGUGGUGGUAGCUAUUGCAGUUUUGGCAGCUACGGCAGUUACAACGACAAUGCUUUCCAAGGGAGCAGUUAUGGGAGCUAUGGAGAUGGCAACAACAGCAUUGCAUAUUGCUCACCAGCUGGGCCAUCUGCAAUGUACAUCCAGACCCAAAUUGGAGGGUCAAUUCUGGGAGCUAGCCCUGAUAUAAGGCAGCGACAUCAAAUUUCUCAUGGGUCUGGAUUUGGUGUGAGUCCUACGGGGAAUUUCUGCUCAAUGUCUUUGGGAGUCAGUCCCUCACAAUUUACUCCUCCAAGUUCUCAAAUUCAGGUAGCACCCAUUUCCCCCGGGAAGUAUGGACCGACGUCCCCAGCAAGAGGUAGUGUUCACGGGUCCCCAUUGGGGAAGGGUUCUGGAAUUGGCAAGUACAAUAGAAAAAGAAAUAACAGGGGUUAUCAUGGCUCAUCGGGUUUGCCAUCGCAUGAGAGUACAUCUCAACAAUGGCAGGGCCAUCAUCCUGAUGGCUUCAACUCCGGUCAUCCUGAGGGAAAUUUUCAAGCACAGGUUGGUUCUCCUCGCCACUCUCUGCCAGCAUCUAACCAGUCAAUAUGGAGGCAGCAAAGAAGUGGGAUGGGGUUUCCAUCAGGAUCCUCUUCGGUUAUUCAUUCGGAUUACCCACCUUUGCAUCCGUCCAGUUCAGGUGUAAUUCCUUCACAUUCAUCAGAAAUUUCGUUUGAUAAGCAGGAAGUCAGCUCAUCAUCUCCAGAUCCAGGGGAUUGGGAUCCUAAUUAUAGGUACUAUUAUGUUUAAAGAAUUUUCUGUUGCAUGUCUAGGUUUUACUCUAAGGCCCGGAUUAUACCAUAUUAUGACUUGGUGAAAACAUUUUCUAACAUCAUUGUUGAGCUGCAUCUACCUAAUCUUUCUUGAAGAAAUAUGCUACAAAAUAAGGCCACUUGGUAGAAAAAAAGGCGCUGUUCUGGAUCUUGUACUUUUACAUGAAAAGAGGUUUCCAGUACGAAAAUCAGAUAUAAUUCAUAACUUUGCAUUUUACUUGUAAACUAUUAUUGAUUGUUGAUUGUUGAUUGUUGAAUGUUCGCUGGAGUAGAAAUGAACUUCUGGUUUCCCAGGAUUGGUUGUCUUUUUGCUCAAUUGUGUUCAAGAGGGAGAGAAACGAGAUAAUCAUCAUCUCCUUUUUCUUCAUUUUUUAAAAAAACCGAAUGCAACAUAGUACCUGGAGGUAUUAAUUUGGUCCUAAAACAAGAGGUAAUCCACAAAAUAUUAGAGAGCAGGAAAAAUAAGACGUUAAGAAAGCACCUGUAAAUUCAAAAAUCGGUAAAUGGAAUUUAAUUAUAGUCAUGCCAUUGCUGCGCACAUGUACCUGUAUGCAAAUCGUUUUAAUGUAUUAAUUUCGUCAUUGAUUGAAUGACUGAGUGUGAUACUGUGAUUCAAUCAUGAAGAUUUAUUUUCUCGUCUUUGGCGAUGCAUGUUUGAUCAAUACAUUAAAUUUUAGGGCAUUCUUCCAAUCUAAGAUAACUUGUUCCCUUCAUUUACUGGCCUUCAAAUGUCGCAAAGAUAUGCUGUUCUUAGGUCCAACGACAUCAUUUUGAGCCUGAAACUUGACCCAUGACACAUGGCUCCUUCUCUGGAUGGAAGCACAUCAGCUAAUGAAAGGAAUAUUUUCUUAUUAGUGUGGACUUAACAUUGGAAACAUUCAUUAUGCAUUCAGUCUUGUUGUUUGGGUAUAUAUAUCCACACACUUUUAUUAGUCUGUUGAUGAUGUAUGCGCAUUCACAAAUGUUCAUGUUAGUGUGAAUUUUGUUUAAUUUCUCCAGUGAUGAGCUUCUUUUGCAAGAAGAUAAUCCCGAUGUGAGAAAUCUGACCUCAGAAAUUGCCAAUGGGAUGCACCUUGGACAUGCGACAGACACUGCUGGUUUACCUGGUGGUGGUGUUAAUUAUAACUGGGGGCAUAGUCACUACCGUCCGAGUUUUAACCUGUUUCCCUCAAAUGAAAGGUAUCUAUUGUUUUCCUUGGUUCUCAAACUUUGAAUUAUUCAUAAUCUGUUGAAACCAUCUAGAAUGUGAGCACUUAGGAUAACUUUGGCCGUUCUAGCCAUGUUUAUUUUUUGCUUGGAGCUAUUCUUCAUUAUUAAUGCAUUGCCUAUAUCAUUUGCUGACGUCUUUUUGUAUAGAGAUGCCAAGGAUAGGUGAUCAGUGAUCGAUUUUGUUUCAUAUAACAGAAUAUGGACAGUGCGACCAGUAUUUCACAUAAUGUGAAGAAAAUGAAUUGGUUGAGAUAGAAACACCAAUAAUCAGAUUGGUCUAGGUACACAAUUACGUGGGUAUGUUGUUGCACCACAGUAAAUGAUGCCCUAAAAACGCCUUACCAGAAAUAUAACAGAGUUGCAUGAACACAAAAUCAGUGAAAAAAAAGCUCAUCACUGGUGUAAACAUGUUAGUGUUUGACACCUGGUUGGAAUCAGCUAGUGUGGUCUCUAACAAAGCCUAACACUUGUUGGAAAGCUGUUCAUCUGUUCUUGAAAUGAUGAUUUGUCUAUCUGAGAACGAAAUGAAUGGGCAAAGUUUUUAAAAUUGAUUUUUCAUAGCAUCGAAUGAUCUGGACCAACUACUGUCUUGGCAAUCCCCCAUUCUUGAGGUGGAUAAGGUGAUGAAAAGGAAAGUGACAAAGACGAGAUGGAGUAACAGAUGAAAGACUGUAGGAUUAUGGACCUGGACACUGAAGCAUUAUUAGUACUGACGGCUAUGCUGCGGCUGAUAUCCUGCCUCCCAUGGAGCCCCUUUCAGCCUUGGGCUGCUGGGCUCGUUUCUGACAUCAACUUCCACCAGCGCAGUUGACGACACAUCUACAUUGGUUUGUGUAAUCUUAUCCAUGCUCCAUGGUGAACAAAACCACAUACAGACCAUCCAGAGAGAAAAAGACCUAGGCGGCAUGGGAGGAGACAUCGGGGCCCAAGUCACUGGGAACUAUGUCUCUCUUGCCUUCAGUUUUUAGAUGGGUGACACUAAUUUAUGAGGAAUGAAGUCUAGAAAUUUCGGCCAUUUUAAUGGAUUCCGGUGGUGUUCGAAAUGCCUAGAUGUUUACUCAUCAAAUUCAGUAAAGCAGAACUUACGGCAGGGUCCGAUUAAAUAUGGCUAUUCUAUAGCGUGUUUUCGAAAAAAUGGCUGCAUCGAUGUGCACUCUUCUCUGGUGUUUUUCUUUUCAGUUCCCUUUUAAUAGAAACCAAGGGCUUGAUCUGCGUUUUACAUUAAAAGAGUUGUAGAAUGCAAAUGAUACCCGAAUUAUGUCAAAAACAUAAUAUACUGAGCCACUUUUGGCAUCAACAGCAUGUAACCCUUCAGAAUCCAAGGGUAUCAUACCUACAUAAUCCAUUUGAUCUUGAAAACCAAAGAUUUCACACGUGUUCUUAUCCUGGGCCUCUUUAUGUUUUAUUUGUCCUUUCUACGUACAUGCUAUGUUUGUCAAGAUGUAUCCACAUUUUGAUUAAGCCGUUUGUGACAACAUUUCACACCCAAAUGGUCCACUUAGUGACUUUUUUGUCUGUGACAAUGGAUUUUGUUUCUGUUCUAGUCGUGGAGCGUUUCAUUUACUAGAACCACGUGCAAGAUUGGUUUUAUCUAACUAACAGCGUUUCAUGGGAUUACUUUGUGUUUUGCGUCUGUUUUUAGCCUGUAAGAGUUUCUUUCUCACCACAUGAUUAUUAUUUUUUUAUUUGUCGCAGAAGAGAUGAAAUGUCUCAGUCAUAUUCGAAUACAGAUGGCCACCCCUCUUUGGUUCAUGAGAUGCACGCUGGUCAUAAUCGAUUAAGCCGUUUUGGGCAACAACCUCUUCAUCGUUUUCAGCACAUGCCGUCAACUUCCCUGCAAAGGAACAGGAGUCACCAGACGAGUCAGCUGAUCAGACCCAAUUUCAAUACGGCAGAUUCUCGCUCUGCUGCGAACCAGGCAUUUGGUGGUAGCACUUCGUGGGGUAAGAUAUCUUUCCAUAAAGGCAGGCUUGAUCGAAAUUCCUAAUAUCAUGCAGACAAAGUGCUAGUUGGCCUUGACUUGCUCAUAUGCUUGCUUUUCAGUUUUUUUUAAGUUCCCUUGCAUGAUUUUUUGGAAUUAGCUGAUGCCAGUUAGUCCCUAGUGAAAUUGUUCCAGAAGAAAAGAAAUCCUGUCACAGCAGUUCUGCUGCAAAGAGAGAAAAAGGAAGAAGUGAGUCUUUUUGGCUCCAAUAGCCUGAAUCAGGGAUGGAGGGGAGACUGAGUGGUUCUUUAUGCAUCCUCUUAAAUAUCUUCUUUUACGUUUUUUUUCCCCCUUCUCUCAAGAUGAGGAUGAGGGAUGCUUGAAAAUAUUUGCAGUUGUACACAACGUUCAUUUUUAUUUCUUGAAGGAUUUUGGCUCUCCAGAUUGACUAAUGUGAUCGACCUGGAUUCUGCCAAUCUGCAUCAGCCAAUAUAAUUCUCAGACCCAUAUUCCUUUAACCUUGCAUAAGUCUACAGUUAAUGGUUUGUUUAUAUUGCUGAAAAUGUGGUUUUCUAUCGGUUAGCCUUAGCCAGGUGCCUGAGACAUUAGAUAAUAUUUCGUGUCUUUAUGUUUCAAGCAAUGAUCAGUUAUUUUAGUGUCACUCUCGAUUGGCAUGGCUCUGAUUGAUCUUGUAUUUCAAUUAGUCAACUCACAGGGAAAUCCGUGAAUAUGAUGCAUGAGUGAUUUGAUGUCAUGCUAAUUAUCUUAAAACCAAAUGUACUGCAGGAAGCUGACUCAGAGGGGGGAGCCCCACUUUUGUGUUCCAUGUUAUGACCUUGGACGUGGAAAUUGUCAGGGGAUUGUGAACAUCCUCCUGUGAAAAAUUAUUCAUGAUGGAUGAUGACGCUGCUUAAUUUCAUAUGCGAGAGGGGGAUUUCAUAACCAAGAUGUGUGGAGGACUAUGCAUCAUGAAAAUUGAGGUACUUUGCUUGUCGAAACUUAUUGGAGCAAGAAUGCGUAUAUUUUUUUCCUCUACAUAAUAGAAGAAUGGUUCGCCCUGAGCAACAUUCACUUGAGAUUCUGGAAAUUAAAGCAUAGAAACUAUAGCCUAUUCGCAUGUCGGAAUGAAUAUCCAAUGAAUACGGAUUAUUCCUUGUGCACUCUACUCUGUACUACAUUCAUAGCUCUGGGGCCUAAGGAUUUUGCGUAAAAUCUGCCACUUAUGCCAGUUUGAACUAUUGAUUAUUGAGAUGGCUUAUUUUUUGUUUUAGCCGCCAGGCCCGUUUGAAUCAUCUUCUGGUAGAGGAAAAGGAUGAUUAGGGCUUUCCUCUAUUACCUGGUCUGCUAUGUGGAAUCUCAAACGGAUAACAAUCCCAAGUAUCCUCCUUGUUCUUGUUGUUAUUGUUCUUGGUUGAAAGAGGAUUGAGGCAAAUUUGGAGAUUUGAGACAACAUUUUUGGGGCGAAUUUGUUCCCAUCUGGCAAAUGUGAGCUCAGUAAUCCAUUCAUAUGAUCAUCUCAGAUUCCCGGUAGAAGCAUGGGAAGGCACCAUUUCAGAUCAGUUGACUGUCAUUUUAGGCAAUCCUUUUUCAGUUCACGCUUUACAUAUGCCGAGACAUCAUGUCUGUCAUCUUAUCUAUCGAAUGCUGCAUGCCCAUCUGACAUAGAGCAGGCUGACGAAAUUGUGAUGCAGGGCCAAGGGUUGGACACACACUUGGCGGCGUCCUACCGUCGUCCCACGUUGCCGAGGACUAUGGAGGAAGCAUUGCCUGA